AUGCGGAAGUUUUAUCAAAUGCCCCUUCACCACCUGCACUCUGACAUCCUGGGUAUCUACAUACCGCCAUCAUCCCUUUACAACUAUUUCUUCAAGUCAAUGGCAUAUCAACUCCUCUUUCUCUGGUUAUUAUGGCCUUACUGUGCCUUCGCCAAUGUCGAGAAGGUCAUUUUCCUUGCUCCCGCCGCGGACAAUCUACCCCAAGAUGCGAGUAUCGACAAUCUGUUUCUGACACGUCUCUCUGAACAACACCCAAGUGUCAGAACCCACAUCAAUGCGAGCUUCCCGACGACAAACUCCCCUAAGGGGACCGAGAGUUGGUUCUUACUCGAGGGCCUUCGGCCCGGAGGACGGUAUGAGCUUCGAAUUUGUUGGCUGGCGACUCAACCGACGUCCUUCUGGCUCUACACGCACUCGCUGGAUCAUGCCUUUGCGACACCCGACCUUUUGACAUCAUUGAGUGCCUACGCUUAUGCCCGCCACGCACAGCUUGGCUCUGAAGAUAGUCAAAGGCUCCUGCUCCGGAAGGCAAAGGCUGAUACCAGCCAUAUCGGGUCGACGUUCCUGUUCCUCCAGGUGUUCGCUGCGGCAGACUAUUUUAGCUUAAACCAGACACUCAUGGAGGUCGUGCCUCCGGUCGCCGUGGACGUAAUUCUAGACCCAUAUCUUUUCAACAUCUUGCCAAGGUCACUUGCUCCAACGGGACUAUAUCUCCUCGUGAUUGCAGUGGGGGCGUGGUUUCUCUCCGCCUGGGUUGCAAGGCUCAUGGCCCGCUCUGUGACACAGCAGAUUCAAUUCAAAGCAGACAAAACUGACUAAUGGUGCUCAUGACCUGACCAUCGAGAAAGGAUCCUGCAGCUGAUCGAACUCCGUCAUCAACGAGAAGAGAGGAAACUCUUCAGUGUACGACGGAAGACUCGGUAUCCCGGAUCCAUCCGGUGAGAGAUAAUCUGCCUCUGGCAUCUGACCGAAAUCUGUGCGCGGCAAAGGUGGGAUAGGAUCAGCAGAUUCCUCGCCAUUGUACGCCAAUACUCCGGAGGUGGUCAACACGGGGCCGCGGCUCUCAGCCGGCAUGUCGAACCGUAGCUGCCACGGCGGCGCGGAAUCCCCGGACUCCUCUGUGGCAUCGAACAGAGCCGUUGUGCUGUUGUGAUUGGGAGCGACUUCUGGGGCUGAAAUCUGACUGGGAGUUUGAUUGCCGCUGGUCGCUUUGCUCGAGCCUGCACCGUUUGUCUUGUUGAUAGGAUCACCAAAGAUGUUGUGGAUGUCCUGUCUUCGCCUCUGCAUUUGCAUUUGGUCUCGCCGUCGAAUAUGCUCAAUCGCGGCGAGGCGCAGGUAGCUGGUUAUCUCAUAGUGUCGACGAGCUGACAUGUCAUCCUUUGCCAUGAUGGUCAAGAUAGCCUCCGCUUGGGUAAUGCUGCUGAGCAACGGAAACGACUUGUCAAAGUCACCGAAAAUGGCAAAUCCGAUCACCAUGGCUGAUAUGAAGGUGCUGUUAGUGAUCAUGAACAGGCGCUUGGGUACUCCCGGGGUGUGAACAAUGUCAGUCGCAAUUUCAAUGCUCCUCAGCGCAGCGUCAAUACAAGCUUCGCUUAGAGUCAUUGUGA